AUGAAGCUUACCCCUUUCCCAUUUCCUCUCAGUAUCGGCACUGAUAUCGUCCAUCUACCACGCAUCUGUCGUCUUAUCCGCCGUCCAGCUGCUAGCAAUGGCAAUAGUGGCGCCAAAGCUACUACGACCACCUCAACCUACCUGGACAGGUUUAUCCGUCGCAUCCUCUGCGAGGAGGAGCUCAAGGACUACUAUGCAAAAUUCUCCGCACUGCAACACCACUCCGCCUCAGGUGCCAAAACAUUGACAACGGUGCCGCCGCGAGGACCCGCGAUGAAUGCAGCUAACAUUACAGAGAUGGCUAGAUGGCUAGCUGGCCGAUUUGCCGCAAAGGAAGCAGCUAGGAAAGCAGCUCCUGGCGGCGCUUCGACGAUAGGUUGGAAAGAUGUUAUGGUUCGCAUUGAUAAGGAGAGGAAUGGUAGUGGAAGCGUGAAGCCGGAAAUUGUAUAUUUGAAGGACGGAGGUUUCUUGCGGCGACAACUCCUACCACUACACAACUUCCUGACGGUUGACAACUGGGUGGUGUACACCUUUUCGUUCUGA